AUGAAGAACUUUGGCCUCCUCACUCUGGCUGUGCCUUCAUUGGCCCUCAACAUCCCUACCCAGCAGCUUCUCUCCAACGACCUAUGGGCUGGCUUCUCCAAUCCGCUCAAGCAGGUUGCAAGAGAGACAUGUCCCCAACCGGCACAGGUCAGCACGCCUGAAGAUGGAUUCCACUCGUCGCAGACUUUCCUCUCUGAUGAGGCUUUCCGUGCCCGUCAAGCACACCGACUUUCUCGCGCGGUGCAGGUUCCAACCACCGUGGGUGAUUUUGCUAAAGACCCAUAUGACCCGGCUUUUGAGCCUGUGGUGAAGUUUCAAGAGCUUUUGGUGGAACUUUUCCCUCUUGUACACAAGCAUGCCAAGGUUGAACAUAUCAACCGCCUUGGUCUGGUUUUCACCUUUGAAGGAGUGGAGAGCUCCCGCAAGCCACUGCUAUUUAUGGCGCAUCAGGAUGUCGUUCCUAUCGACGACCCUUCAGAUUGGACGCACCCUCCUUUCGCGGGUGUUUUUGACGGUGAAUGGAUCUGGGGUCGUGGCGCAAGUGACUGCAAGAAUGUGCUCAUUGGCUUGAUGUCCGUGGUCGAAGAUCUACUCUCCCAAAACUGGAAGCCACAGCGUACAGUUCUAUUUGCCUUUGGAUUCGACGAGGAAUCGCACGGGUUCCUCGGUGCCGGGGCUAUCUCAGAAGCCCUGGAGAAGAAGUACGGCAAAGAUUCCUUCGAGUUCAUUCUGGACGAGGGUGGAAUGGGUCUGCAGAGCCUGGGCGGAGAGUCCGAUUCGAGCAGCGAAGUCUUGUAUGCUCUCCCAGCUGUCGGCGAGAAGGGUAGUCUCGAUCUGAUCAUCGAUAUUGCUGUACCCGGAGGCCACAGCUCUAUCCCCCCAGCACACACCGGAAUCGGUAUCAUGGGCGAGAUUCUAUACCAGCUUGAGCGCAAGGAACUCUUCCCCGCCUGGUUGGAUACCAACCACCCAGCACACGGGAUGCUCGAAUGCCAGGCCCGGUAUUCCUCCGAACACGUCGAGACCUGGCUAUCCGAGAAGCUGGCAGCCGAUGACCCCGCGGCUCUCGGCGAGGCAGUAGCCAGCUCCCGUGGUCCAGCAGUCCGCUACACCAUGCAAACCUCACAGGCUGCAGACCUGAUCCACGGCGGCGUCAAGACAAACGCACUCCCAGAGAAGAUCUCAGCAGUCGUGAACUACCGCGUGGCUCUGCACCAAACACCCGAUGAGCUGCGCGAGCGUGCAUUGCGUAUCAUCAGCCCCAUCGCGGAAGAACACAACCUCACUCUGCACGUUGCGUUCCCCGACGUGAAAGGAACCACAGGAGAUACGAGCGACCGCACCCUUACUCUUUCUCCACUGAGCAAACCACUGGUCCCGGCGCCCAUCUCGCCUACUGACCCACUCACCUCGAAGGUGUGGGCUCACUUUGCUGGCGUAGCACGCAGUGUAUUCGAGUCUCACUCGAACCCUCUUUCCAAGUCUACAUCCAAGCCGACCGUGGUUGUCACCGGCGAUGUCAUGACCGGUAACACCGACACCCGCUUCUACUGGUCUCUCUCUGAGAACAUCUAUCGCUGGAGUCCCUCGCGUGCUGGUGGAUCGUUGAACAUCCAUACCGUGGAUGAGCGGAUUCGUUUGGAUGUUCAUUUGGAGGGAAUGAUGCUCUACUAUGGUUUGUUUUGA